UUUAAUUGUGAAAAUUGACAUAUUGAUCAUCAACCAUUCGAUAUUGAGUAACAAAAAGAAUCUGUCUGCACUCUGUUGUCGAAGUUGAUUGAAGUCAUACGUGACGUAGGUUUGUCUGUAGUCUGUGUAUUGGUGUGGUGCUUGAUAGAAGUCCAGCGGCUAUGAUUUUCUUGUGUUUAGCAGUUGAAUUUUAACUAAAAUGCUUUUCGUAUUUAGAUAGCAAUAGUUUAGAUUAGUUUCUUAGCUUGUGAUAUCUAACGGAUAGUUAAUUGUUGAUGUUUAGCCUCUGUUACAAGUUACAGUGUUUUGUUCCUGGGGGAUUCCAAAAUGGCGCUUGCUCCAAGUGUGAAUUGUUCCUUAGAUGAAAUUGACUUAAAUGCGCUAAAGGAUCCAGCGGGUAUAUUUGAGCUGAUCGAGGUGGUGGGAAAUGGCACCUACGGCCAGGUGUACAAGGGGAGGCAUACCAAGACGGGCCAGUUGGCGGCCAUCAAAGUUAUGGAUGUUACCGAGGAAGAAGAGGAGGAAAUAAAACUUGAAAUAAACGUUCUAAAGAAGUACUCGAACCACCGUAACAUCGCCACCUACUAUGGGGCGUUCAUAAAGAAGUCGCCGCCUGGGAAGGACGACCAGCUGUGGCUGGUGAUGGAGUACUGCGGCGCCGGCUCAGUCACCGACCUCGUCAAGUCCACCAAGGGUCAGAGUCUCAAGGAGGAGUGGAUCGCCUACAUCUGUCGCGAGAUACUGCGCGGCCUCGCCUACCUGCACUCCAACAAGGUCAUACAUCGUGACAUCAAGGGACAGAAUGUGUUGCUCACCGACAAUGCUGAGGUCAAGUUGGUUGACUUUGGUGUGAGUGCACAGCUGGACCGAACCAUAGGGCGGCGCAACACAUUUAUUGGCACACCCUACUGGAUGGCACCCGAGGUGAUCGCCUGUGAUGAGAACCCAGAUGCCACCUACGACAACAGGAGUGAUCUAUGGAGUUUGGGAAUUACGGCAUUGGAAAUGGCCGAAUCACAGCCUCCACUGUGUGAUCUGCAUCCAAUGAGAGCGCUAUUCCUCAUUCCAAGGAACCAACCUCCCAGGCUCAAGUCCAAAAAGUGGGCCAAGAAGUUUCACGGUUUCAUAGAGACAGUGCUGGUGAAGGAUUACCACCAGCGGCCCUACACGGAGCAGCUGUUGAAGCACGCCUUCAUCCGCGACCAGCCCACCGAACGCCAGGUGCGCAUCCAGCUCAAGGACCACAUCGACCGCUGCAAGAAGCGCAAGCAGGAGAAAGAGAGGGAAGAUUAUCGGUACAGUGGGAGUGAGAAUGAAGAAGAAGAACAGCCUACAGCCGGAGAACCAUCGUCGAUUGUCCAGGCUCCUGGCGACAAUACACUCAGGAGAAACUUCCAGCAAAUACAGGAGGGUCGCACUCUCACCCAGAAUGAGUCAUCGGCUAAAGAGUCGAAGUCAUCACGUGACAAGGGAGAGAGGGAGGAGAUCCCAGAGCCAGGACCUCCAUCGCGGCCCCCCAUACCACAGCGUCUCAUCGUGGUACCGGAUCCGCAUCCCCCUUCAAGGCCUCUUCCCCCUCCACCCCGCGACGACCGACACAAGUCGAGUGGUCAGUCUUCUCAACAACAGCAGCAACCACAACAACAGCAACAACAGAGGAAUUCACAUGUGUUCAAACCUAUGCUGCCACCAAGGCGACCUGAGGACCUAGACAAACUGGCCGCACAGCUGAAUGAGUUAGGCGUGAGAAGCGGAGGUGGUUCCUCCUCUGGAGGAGGAGGAGGCGGUGGCAGCCGGGGGCAGCAGAACGGUGGCGGUGGGGGUGGCAAGAGUGGAGGUGGUGCCGCCCCCAUACUGGUGUCCGACUCGGAUGACGAUGACACUGAUGACGAUGAUGAUGAUGACCAGCUAGUGAGUGGGGGCAGCAGGAGGAAUGAUGGCACACUGCCGGCUAGUGAUCCGCCCAAACCACUUCCUGAAUUCUCUUACAGGCCCGUGGAUAACUCACAGCUCGGAGGCAGUGAGGGAAAAGUAAUGUCAGGUGGUGCUCCAAACCGACCCCUCCCCCCUACUCCUGACGAAGAAGAGGGGACACUCGUUAUGCGCAGGAAACAGCAACAGCAGCAGCAGCAGCAACAGGAGAACCAGAUACAAAAUGGCGGCUCAAAGCGGCAUUCCGAUGUUGACGAACAGUCGCUGCUGAACGAGUGGGGGUUCUCACGCAUCUUCCAGGGACUCAACGACCGCAUUAAGGGCAUCGGAAGCAAUAGUAAUAAUAGUGAGGAGGCGAUAAAGACUAGUACAGCCAAAAAGAAGAGCAGUGGUGCCGAUGUGGCGCGGUUUUUCCGUAGAGAGAACUCUGAUUUCUUUGUGCCGUCCACACGCCAUUCGGCCGUUUUCAUGGAGGGAGCUGGGGAGGAGGGGGGCAAAUUGGGACAGAAGGGGGCACAAAAUGGCGGCGGCUCGAUGAGACGGGUGGCGCGACCUAGACGGGAGCGCACUGAAGGCGAUAUUGUGUUGACGAGGUCCCGACAUGAACUGAGAGACAGCCUGGAGGCGAGACGACGCGAGGUGGAGGCCAGGUUCUCGCGUGAUGCAGAGCGCAUGCGCAAACAGCAACUGCAGCGGCACACUGUUGCCAACUCGGCCGUCGGCGCUGUUGCCAGCUCGAACAGCAGCCUAGCGGCCGCCGCUGAAACUACUAGCGAGAAUCAGAGCCGCGAUGACCGCAGAGGCGAUUUGCACCGCAUGGACUCAUCUCCCGGCCAACUGGGUACUCCAGGCUCUAGGACCAGCUCCGUAUUACCUGAUCUCCUCACACAGGCAUCGUCCUCACCUGGUACUCCCAAUCAACGACAGGAUAAGUCCACUAGUGAAGAGUACCGGCAAGCGGUGGCCAGCCAGCAACAGUCGUCGGCGCAUGCGCAGUUGUCGUCAUUUGUUGGCUAUGAUCUGCAGCAGAAGCAGCGCUCGUUCCUGACGUUCGGCUUCGGGGCGGGCGGAUCGGGCGGCUCACGACGCGAGUCACACGUCAACGUGAAUGUGACACCCACCUCACACGAUCUGGCCAGUGACACGCCCGAGAUACGCAAGUACAAGAAGCGAUUCAACUCGGAGAUACUGUGCGCUGCCUUGUGGGGCGUGAACCUGCUGAUCGGCACUGAAACAGGCCUGAUGCUGCUCGACCGCAGCGGACAGGGCAAGGUCUACCAGCUGAUAUCGCGGCGCAAGUUCCAGCAGAUGGAAGUGCUCGAAGGUCAGAACAUCCUGGUCACCGUAUCGGGCAAGAAGAACCGCGUCCGCGUCUACUACCUCUCCUGGCUCAAGUCGAAGAUUCUGCGCACUGACGGAGUCAGCGAUCAAGUUGAACGAAGAAACGGCUGGAUAAACGUGGGUGAUAUACAGGGUGCUGUACACUUUCGUAUCGUCAAAUACGAGAGGAUAAAGUUCCUUGUGAUUGCACUGAAAGACAGCAUCGAAAUCUACGCCUGGGCACCGAAACCUUACCACAAAUUCAUGGCCUUCAAGUCGUUUGGCGAGCUAGCACACCGACCUCUGUUAGUCGACCUAACGGUGGAAGAGGGCACAAGACUGAAAGUCAUCUACGGAUCAGCUGACGGAUUCCACGCGGUCGACCUUGACUCGGCCUCUGUCUACGACAUAUAUCUGCCCAAACAUACGCAAGGUGCCAUCUCACCGCACUGCAUAGUGGCCCUACCCAACUCCAAUGGAAUGCAGCUCCUGCUCUGCUACGAUAACGAGGGAGUCUAUGUCAACACCUACGGCAAGGUGUCGAAGAACAUAGUGCUGCAAUGGGGCGAGAUGCCGACAUCGGUGGCCUACAUUGGCACGGGACAGAUCAUGGGUUGGGGCAACAAGGCCAUCGAGAUCCGAAGCGUGGAGACGGGCCACCUUGACGGCGUCUUCAUGCACAAGAAGGAGCAGCGACUCAAGUUCCUCUGCGAGCGCAAUGAUAAGGUGUUCUUUUCAUCGGCCAAAGGAGGCUCCUCGUGUCAGAUCUACUUCAUGACACUGAACAAGCCCGGCAUGGCCAACUGGUGAACAUUUACUGCUGUCAUCAAAAUCAUCUGUUAUUAUCAUUAGGAUGACAAGAAUCGCUUGACUUGAUGCCAGUAUGUAAAAUGUAUUACGGAGCAGAGCUGAUCGUUGUGAGUGAGUGCAUAUAGACUGAAAUGACAUGAAAUGUUGGCAGUUGCUAGAGCAAUUGCAGUUCGUAUGCAAUUAAUUGCAUAUUGCAUCCACCAACUGUUUUCGUUAGUGAGCAGUUAUUAGAAAUCGUUAUUUCUUUGAAUAUCGAAUUGUGUACAGUUCUAACCAAUUUAUUUAAAAUUAUUGUUUUGUACGGUCUGUGUGUGAUAGAUAAUGGAUAUAGUACGGCUUGUAAACUCCCCCCCCCCACAUACGAUGUGCAUAUCUCGUUUAAUAUAGCUAAGAAUGGAAUUUGAAGUUUUGAAUCGAUAUAAAAUAUAUAGAUAAUAGACAAUGCAAACAUUGAUACUCAAGAAUUAUCCUUGAAUUCUAUGUUGGGAGUCAGUAUUCAAUGCAGAAGGUAAGGUUAAUCAAUCUUGGUAAAUCUCAAGUAGAUAAGAGAAAUCCAAACUAUUGAAAAAAAUUAUAACAAUUAUUGAGAUUCACAGUUUUAAAAUAUUGGAACUUUAAUAUUAUCGAGCAGUUCAAGUAUAAAAAUUGAUAACUAAAUUUAAUUAUUUUUCAAAAGUGCUGUAAAUAUAACCUUUGUUUUCUUGAGUUAGUUCUUCAAAUUAAUUGCUCAACCUUGAAUUAGAGAAAUUCAACCUUCAUUUAAUUCAGUAAGUUUGGAGUUGGUUGUCAAGAAAUUUUAGGGUUGCUCAUUGAUGUAGACUUGCUUUUUAGAUUAUGUUUGGUUAGAAACAACAUCUGAAUUUAAAAAGAUGAGAAACUCAAAAAUGGGGGAAAUGUAUGCGGCAAACAUGAGUUUUUAGCUUCAUUUCAAUAAUGAGUGAACUCAUUUCAUAGGUUUUGAAGUGGAUACUUCACUAAAGCAUAAAACUUGAUGUAAAAUAUAAUAAAUUACGGUUCAGGAAUCUGAAAUAAUAUAUAAUAAAAAUAUUGAUAAACUUCAUGAAAUUCCUGAAUGUAUUCUCCGGAUAAAAUACAUUGAUAUUUCUAACGUAUAAACCCCUAAUUAUGGAAUAAUCAACCCAGAAUCAUACAAAAAUAUUCAUAAAGUAGGCUGAUUUCAUAAAGUAUCUUUAAUACUUUUGCUGGAAAAUUGACAAAAAUUAUAGAAAAACAUUGUUGUAGUGGAUUAAUUUUGACGAUUCCAUGACUGUAUACCAGACUGACUUUUCUCAAAAAUUGAACGAAUCCAACAAAAUUUGCAUUGAGCAGCCUGCUAUAUAUCUAAUCAUGUUCGAAUAUUGUAAAUAUUUCUCUCUAAUACACAAAUAUAAAUUUGCUAGUCAAAUUAUUUUCAUUCAUGUAAUGAAAAAAGUUAUCGGAUUUUUUCUUUAUGAGUGGUGGUGCUUGAUGAACAUUUGUAGAUAGAAAUUAUUUGCUCCAAAUUUGUGUAAAAUAUAUUAUUGGUUAAUAAUAACAGAAACGAUUGAUCUAUCACAUUGAUUGUAGCUCCAAUAUUGUUACAAUAUUACUAAUGGUAUCGAUUAGAAAACGCCCCAAGUUUUAUGUAAUAAGACCGUACAUAGUUAGAAAAAGUUUAUUGUAACAUUAUCGAAAUUGUUGAGUUUUAGGAAUGUGGUUAAUAUUCUACAAAUAUCGACUUUUCGUUUUCCAUUAUUUCUAUCGAGAUUUGAUUGAAAAGUUCUGUUAAUUUGGUGGAAUUUUGAUUAUACGCGUUGGUGAUUGAAAAGUGUCUCAGGAGUGAUGUGCUAUCAUAAUACUAUUCGAACUAUGAAUAAUUAAUACACAAAACCACGUACAUAACGUUUAAACUUUUUUACAUAAAUAUUUGAUAAAUAAUUGUUUACUAUCGCAUCAUCUUAUAUGUAUUAGACGUGUAUUCUAAAGCUAGCGGCAAUAUCAGAGGCUUAGUUCGUAGUUCAAAACUGGUGCCUUUUUGUACUUUUUCUUCUUUUUUCAAAAAAAGAGUAGAUAUGUGAGGUAGAGAGUGUAGAGUUUAAAGAUUGAUUACUUUUGAAAUGUGUGUUGAAGGUGGAAAAAAAGUUGAUAGUUUUUCAAGUUUAUGGUGACGUUUUCCCUCAAUAUCAUUUUUUUUUUGUUUUACAUACGAUCUUUGUCACUAAGUUCUAUCACAACUUCUUCUCUACCUUCUCAUCCUCAUCCUUCUCUUCUUCUUUAUCCUGCUCCUCCUCUUUUUUUAGUCCUCCUCAUUUCUCUGCUCCAGCUAAGAAGCUGGGGCAAGUAGCAGUUCAGGGUUCAUCUAAGAGUUCCAUCCCAUAUUCCCUCCUUCUCUUCAAAGAUGAAAGUAUUAUCGAUCGGUUUACACCGCCGUUACGUAACGUUACGCCUGACUUCAAAGAUGAACAACUUGGGCUAAAACGAACAAACAUGGCAGUCAUUAUUUUGUUCACAGAGAAUACAUAUCUACAAGUUUCUGACCAAAUAUUCUCAUUGUUUUUUUUUUGCCAAAUGAAGGCUUGUUUCGAUGAUGGCGUUUUUGUAUAUAAUUUGACACCAUAAAUGAGAUGUGGCUAAAAAAGCCCAUAAUAGAUAACUAAAAUUACAUUCAAACUCACACAAGUAUUCAAUUUUUGAAAAGUAAUACGAGCAAUCUUUCUACAGACUCUCACCACAUGAUGAUUCCAAGUCAGCUCGUGACCGUUUAUUUUUGAAUAACUUUAGAACAACUGUUAACUGUUGUUGUUGCUGCUGUUGCUAAUAACUGUUGUUUGUAGCAUAAACAACAGUGCGUGAGUGAAGACGGAGAAAUUGAAAUUUGGAGGGAGAGAGAUAGAUAUCUAGAGAGAUAGAUGUAAACAACAGUGCGUGAAGACGGAAAAAUUGAAAUUUGGAGAGAGAGGGAUAGAUAUCUAGUUACAUAUCUAGAGAGAGAUAUCUACUCUAGCUGGUGGUACCCGAAGCUAUAGACAGUCUAUAGUGACAGGCGCGGAUACUGUUCACUAUACUACUGAGGAAUGGAAGGUUCUAUAGGAAAGAUUGUAUAAAUAACAGAAUAUAAUAGUUUUGCACUCUGUUGUUUCAAAUGGAGUAGUUCACACAUGUAACGCUGAUUCGUAACGCUAAGCCCGCUCAAUAGCUGUGACAUAUCUGUCGGGGUGUGAAUUUGUUUGGGUUUAAAAGCUUCUCAGAGACUCUUAUUAGAGAGUCUCUCUCCAAAACAACAUCUUCACAAUUUUACAAAUGAGUAGGAAGGUUUAUCAAUAAUUUUAAAGCCAAAAUUGAAUAUCUCAGCGUAACGUUACGUAACGGUUUCCUUCAAACGGCGGUGUGAAAUUAUCAACUUUACCUUGGGCAGAAAAUUGAGAAAUUUAAUCGUUUUCACGCAUCAUAAAAUUAUACUUUUGAAACAACUAAUUUUUCAACUCCAAUGCACAUGAAUUUCAUAAGGUGCGUACAGAUUUACUCGCCGCGAACAUGAGCAAUUCACUUUUAAUCACUUUAAUCAAUUCACUUACCAUUUCUGUAAAAAUACAGAUAUAAUCAACUGAUCAAAAGUGAAUUGCUCAUGUUCGCGGCGCGUAUAUCUAUACGCACCUUUAGAUUCACAUUGUUUACAUUGCUUGUAACGGAAUUUAUAAUUUUAUGUCUUAAAAAAAAUUAAUGUCCAGCUACUAUACAACCCUCUUUAAAAUAGUAAAAUAAGACUUCCGUAAACUAAAUUAUCAUAAACAAGUGUAAGCCCCUGAUAUUGCUUGCGCGUUUCAUGAUAAAAUCACACAAUACGUUUAGAACGGUAGUCUCUCUUGUCAUACUAAUAAAUAUAUAUGCUUCAUUGAAAAAAGCAGCUAGGGAAUAUUUUAAGCAUCACUGUAAAUAAUGGUCCACUUUGUGUAAGACAAUAACCUACUGAUUGCUUUUGUUUUCUCACAAAACCAUAGAAUUGAUGUGAUUUGAAAUUGUCACAACCUUUUAUUUAUGAAAAAAAAAGUUGAAAGGAGUUUUGGUUGUAACGCCAUUAUGAGACAAGAUUAUUUACAACGUUUACUAGAGAUUAAUCAAUCGGAAUUACUUUUGCAAAAAUGUUUCAAUAAUAAGUUUUUGUGAUAAUUUCAAAUAAUUUUAUUCAACAUGGAUAUCUCUCACAAUAUAACCCUCACUUCAACACAGAAUAUCAUUGAUUUUCUCAUAAAAUGUACCAAAUGCCAUCAACUAAUUAGUGUACAAUUAUCUGAUUUUAAUACAGUUUUGUAGUAAUCAAAUGUUCGAUGUUCCCUAGCUGUAUAUUAUGCAGAAGUUGAGGAAGGUUUUAUACAAAUUCGUAUAGAUUAAAUUUAAAUGAAUCGGCUAGCUCGUCAAAUUUGAUAAACGAAUAUAGUCUGCACAAUUUUUUCAGCUCAUCACCAGUUUUUGAACGUUGUGUUCUGUUCACUUUUCGUUUAAGGUAACGAUUUUGUGAAGUUUUUCGAAAAUCUCUGGAAAUUAGAUGUGUCAAAGGAUAGAGUUAUCGAUUGUAAGUGACUCGGUUAGUUGGAUAAUCGCUGAUCAAAUUUGAUCUUUGAUCAAUCGUGGUGUUUAACUGACUCAUUGGCUUGUCGUUAAUCAUUAUAUUGGGUUAGUCUCAAAUACAGUAUAUAAUAAAUAUUGUAUACAAGUCUAAAAAAACAUCUUUGGAAGUCUUGAAUUUAGAGAGUGCUGUAGUUCUUUUCAAGUUGAAGAUUUAUUUAGGUUAAACUUGUCGAGAUCUCAGUCAAAUAUAGUGCUAGCUUUUUUUGAACUGGGUAAAUUUUAACAAGUUAGUGAAACCUUUAUAAAUCUGAUGUUCGUCUCAUAUACAGUAUAAACUAUUGUAAACAAGUCUAAGAAAAUAUUGGGAAGUCUUGAAUUUUAGAGUGUUGUAGUUCUUUUCAAGUUGAAGAUUUAUUUAGGUUAAACUUGUCGAGAUCUCAGUCAAAUAUAGUGCUAGCUCUUUUGGAACUGGGUAACUUUUGACAAAAAGUAGUGAAACCUACAUAAAUCUGAUGAAAUAUUGAUAAAAUUGCAAAUAAUCAAGUGAAUACUUUUCAAAUUUAUCCCUGUUAAAAAACUAUUACUGUUGCUGCACUAUUUACAAAUAUUAAUUUCAUAAUAAUAUGAUAUUAUAAAGUGAUUUAUGGAUGAUCAUCCUUCCAAUUACCAACUGACAAAUGCUAGCAUUUCAUGUUGUAUUGUAAAGGUUUGUUUGAUAAUUAUUCUGAACCCUUGCUGACUUAAUGAUAUUAGUUUGGAAAUGAAACGUUUCUGUAAAAAAAUAAUAUU